AUGGGCUUUUGCUUAUUCACAGUAUCUGUUUUGGCUAUACUAACCGAUGCAGCUCAUUUGCUCACUGAUGUUGCUGCUUUUUCUAUCUCAAUGCUCUCCUUGUGGGCUUCUUCUUGGGAAACCAAUCCGAGGCAGAGUUACGGGUUCUUCAGGAUUGAGAUUUUGGGUGCUCUUGUCUCAAUCCAGCUCAUUUGGUUACUCACAGGGAUCUUGGUCUAUGAAGCCAUAACUAGACUCAUUCAACAGACUAAUGAUGAUGUUGAUGGUUUCUUUAUGGUUCUUGUUGCUGCUUUUGGUUUAGUUGUUAACAUCAUAAUGAUUGUUGUGCUUGGACAUGAUCAUGGUAAUGGCCAUUGUCAUAGUCAUAGUCAUAAUCAUGAGCAUGGUCAUGGCGUGCAUGAUCAUGAUCAUGGUCAUGGAGAUAAUGAUGAGCAAUUGUUGGAGAAACCGAAGGAAGGGAGGAACAUCAAUGUGCAAGGAGCUUAUCUUCAUGUUCUUGGAGAUUUAAUCCAAAGCAUUGGAGUAAUGAUUGGAGGGGGAAUGAUUUGGUAUAACCCUAAAUGGAAAAUAAUUGACUUGAUCUGCACGUUAGUAUUUUCUAUUAUUGUUUUAGGGACAACCCUUAAGAUGCUUCGAAGCAUACUUGAUGUUUUAAUGGAGAGUACACCGAGAGAGAUCGAUGCAAACCAGCUUGAAAAAGGAUUAAUGGAGAUUGAGGAAGUGGUGUCUGUUCAUGAGCUUCAUAUUUGGGCAAUUACAGUUGGAAAGGUAUUGUUUUCUUGUCAUGUCAAGAUUAAACAAGAAGCUAAUGAUGCUAUGGUGCUUAACAAAGUGACUGAUUAUAUUUGGAGAGAGUAUAGUAUCAGUCACGUUACCAUACAAAUCGAGCGUUAA